AUGCUCGUAUGCUCUGCAACGUUCUUAUGCGUUCCGCACAAGCGCAUCGCGGAUUUCAAGGCAUACUACCCGCGUUCCCACUGGGCGAUCGAGACGAUGCUCAGCCAGCCCGAGUUCAGCAACUUGCACUGGACGUCGCUGCAGCCGAACGGGUUUCUGAAUUUUUUCCUGUGGCCCGCUGUGAAAUUCAUCAAGAUUUAUCGCAGGACGGGGACGCAGAAGGGAUUGUCGCUGGGGUUUAUACUGCGACACGGAGAAACACAACCGGGCGCGUAUGUCGUCAACGGGCCAGAGGAGACGACGGGGCGGGACAUUGUGAAACCGAUUGAGCAGCGUCUUGGUGGGGAGAAGGUUGAAACUGUGAAGUUUAAGGACCUCUCUGGGAUCGAUCGGAUGGCCGAGCAUAGCUCCGAGUCAAAGAAUGUCAUUUUAUCUAUCAAUUAUGCGCCGGAGCCCACGUACGAGGGAAGAUGCAACGCCGCGACGACCAGCAAGGCGAAGCGCACGGCUGCUGAGGUUCUUGAUGCGUUGUUGGAGUAGAUUUCGUGUAUAUACUGUACUC